AUGGAGCACCCCCGCACUCUCGAGAUUGUGUUACUCGGGGCCACUGGAUAUACUGGAAAGCUAUGCGCUGAACACAUUGUCAAGAAUCUACCUACCAACCUCGCAUGGGGAAUUGCUGGCCGCUCUGCAGAGAAGUUGGAGGGUCUAUCUACCAAGCUACAGGCACUUAACAAUGACCGCAAGGCUCCAGAAAUCCUAUCUGUCCAGUUGAAAGACGCUGAAUUGAAGGAACUGGCCUGCAAAACCAAAGUUAUUAUCAAUUGCGUGGGCCCGUAUCGCAAGUACUCUACCCCUGUGGUCAAGGCCUGUGCUGAAAAUGGUACCCACUAUGUUGACGUGACUGGAGAGGCGCCUUGGGUCCGCGAUAUGAUCCAGAAGUUCCACGAAACUGCCAAAUCUACUGGUGCAAUUUUGAUAUCUGCGAAUGGUAUAGAAAGUGCGCCAGCUGACUUGUUGACGUACUUCAUGGCGAAAUCGAUCAAGGAUCAGUUUGGCGUUGUCACGGAUGAGACAGAUAUGUCUCUUUACCAUAUAAAAGGCAAAUUUAGCGGUGGUACGCUUAGAACCAUUAUCGAUUUCUUUGAUAACAUUGAUUCCAACAGCAGUGACCCGUACUGCACCUCGGUCUCAAAGCCUGCCCAGCCAAAGUCCGUUCCCAUUCUUCGCCGCAUCUUUGGCGUGCAUUACGUUCCAGACAUUGGAGUCGGUACCACCUGUGUCUGUGAGGCGUGCGAUACCGCGAUUGUCCACCGUACUAGCUCAUUGAUGCCCCAGCUGUUCAACCCUAAUUUUAGGUUCUGGGAGAGUAUGAAAGCCCGCAAUAUCUUUACCGCUGUUGGAUUUCAUUUUGCCCUCAUAGCUGUAGCAUUUGUUCUGCUAAUAUCGCCCGUCCGGUGGAUUUUGCCUCGAUAUCUCCAUCCUCCUGGCGAAGGGCUACCAGAGGAGGCCAAAUCAGGCUUCUCUAUUGAAUACAGGGGCAUUUCUACUGCUAAACAGGAUCAGCCCGGAAAGAAGGAUAUCAGAGUCCUGGGUUCAUUCUGUUACGACGGAUGUCCUUACAGGCUUACGGGAAUUUUUCUUGCUGAAGCCGCCCGAAUUCUGGCUAGGAGCGAGAAAAUCGGACAGGAUAAUAAAGGAGGCUACCUUACACCUGCGUCCCUGGAGGAUGAGUAUAUUGAAAACCUUGAGAAGGCUGGAGCACAUUUCAAGUCUACCGUUCUAGAGCAUUAG